AUGCGGCUACGGAGGCCAUGCGGCGUAAAAGGGAUAGCAGCCGAUGCACUCGUCAACCUUGUCCAGAGCUGCUACCCUUCCGCCACUGUCCUGUUCACCUCAGUGGCGAAUAAUGUUGCAACUUCGGGUAGCAGUGAUGUCCGCAUAUCCAGUACGUUUGACGCAUGGCAGGCAAAGCUGCACACACGCCGAGCUUUGAGGCAAGGUCUGACGGUAGACGCGCCUGGAUUUCAGCGCAUCUUGGCCCGCCGCCACAUCCUUCCUGCCAGGUCGGUGGAGGCUGCAGCGUCUUCAUGGUGGGCCCUACUGUACGCUGUCGACGCGACAAACAGUCCACCUGUUGCCCUUCCUCGACAACCAUCGCAAUCAUUGCCGCCGUCUCACAUCGCACACCCCAUCCUCUGCUGCCCAGACGCUAUCGUGUACAUCGGCGGCGUCGAGGCCCAGGAUGUGACACAAGUGGUGGCGCCGACGCUUGUGGAAGCAGUGACGAGAGUUGAAGCGCCGCGCAGCACCGUCGGCGCGGCGUCCGCCACACACCGGGCAGAGCGACAGGCACCGAGUUACUGCCGUCGAAUCGUUGACUGGUCUACCAUAUGGGCGGAAAAGCGGUGCGCUCUGCGCGGAGCAGACUUGCUGGAGCUUUCGCUCGCCGUGCCGGGCGACUUAGGCCACUGCCAUGCGGAUGCUCGUGAACGCAUGCUGGUCUCCAUCGCUAACCCUGAUGUCACCUUGGCAGAUCUGCAGCGUCAGCCACACGCGGGGCGUCGCGGGCCGCUUCGAACGUCUUUUGGGUUUUCGCUUCCCUGCGUUCAAGCAGCCCUGCCAGCUGCGGUGAUACGUGCCGUUCGUGUGCUGCGCCGGUGGCAGCAAGACGUAGUGCACUGCAUUCCGAGCACCAGUGUCUUCUGGGUUUCCUCAAUCGGCCACCUUCUGGAGACUAGCGUCGGCGAUGCAGCCUCUCCACUGACGCAGCGGGCGGAAGCAUGUACGCGGCAGGGACAGGAGCUGGGGAUGUCGGAGAUGCAGGUGCGCCAGCUUUUCGCCAUCGCACAACCCGACAGAGAUCAAACAAACACCCAAGUACCACCACCCGCGGACGCAACGAAGCUGCUCACGUUUCUCCUCACCUCAACUGUCCUACAGCGGGCGUGCACGUCGCCGUUGGAAGCGUGGAAUGGCACGAACUACUUCCUCCCAGCAGAGCGGUUUGAUGGCGCCACGGACGCCGAGGUACUGCACCGCGCAAUGCGCAGCGGUGCGGGGACACACCUAACCUUUUCCCUCUUUUCGAGCCUCUACGGCGCAUCGUGCGGUGAAGAUCAGAGCCCUUUGACCCAACUCUCUCCAUAG